AUGUCCCGGUGGUAUCGAAUACUCCCUUGUCUCCGCCGUCCGCAACACCGGCGCGCCAAGGGUGCAUGGCCAAAUGUCUUCUCGAAAACCUGGUUGUUGACUCUGUGCACCAUUGUCAGCCUGCUCUAUCUAUUCUGUCAUUUUGUCCUUCCUCACCUGCUCAAAUUCCGUCUACGAACCGACCUGAGCUGGUACGAUCUUGGCCUGUAUGGUUUCGGACCGACCCGAUCGUAUGCCUCGUUCGAGUAUGAAUCGCCUGUGGUAGAGAUCACUCAAUGGGGCUCGGGAUGUGAUCCGCGAUAUACCUUUCUCGCUCCGCGUGGUGAUUCGAUCCCCCAUCCGGGGCCGACGAUCCUCGAUGCCGCCGGGAAUCUCAUCUGGAUGAAGUACAACCACGACAUUACACAAGAUUUCAAACUUCAGCGGUAUCAGGGCGAAGAUUAUCUGACCUAUUGGGAGGGAGAGGAGGUUGCUGGGGGUCUAGGCCAGGGUUCAUGGUUCAUGCUGGAUUCGACUUAUACCCAACGCUACGAAAUCCACCCCAUUGGCGAUUUUGACGGCGGCGAUCUGCACGAGUUCACCCUGACCGACGAUGGAACCGCGUUGAUAACCAUCUACGAACCUAUCCCGGCCGAUUUGACAGCCAUCGGUGGCCCGGCCCUGGGCUGGCUGUACGACGGGCUUUUCCAGGAGAUCGACAUUGAAACGAAGGAAUUACUCUUCGAGUGGCGCGCUUCGAACCAUUUUCCUGUCAACGUGACAUACGAGGCUCUCCACACCAAAGGCUAUGAGAAGGAUACAGCGUUUGAUUAUUACCACAUCAACAGCGUCGAGAAAGAUAUACAAGGCAACUACCUCAUAUCGGCUCGACAUGCCCAUUCUGUGAGCUAUAUCGAUGGAAGUACUGGCGCAGUGCUCUGGACGCUGGGUGGGAAAGCAAACGAUUUUACAGACUUAUCCGACGGAAUCGCGACAAAUUUUCGAUGGCAACACGAUGCGCGCUGGCGUGAUAACAGCACCCUCACUCUCUUUGAUAACACAGCGCAUUCCAACGAAGAUCCCGAGGCAUCAAGUCGGGGGAUGCGCAUCCAUCUCGAUUUCGAAUCCCGAACCGCCGAGCUGCAAGUUGCAUACCACCAUCCACAAGUCUUGAAGUCCACAUCGCAGGGCAACAUGCAAAUCCUAAAAGAUACCGGGAACGUGUUUAUCGGCUGGGGCCACAGUGCCGCCUACACCGAAUUUACACCGGACGGGAGCGCUGUAUGCGACGUGCAUUUUGGCGCAUCGCUGUAUUACACCUUUGGGCGCGUGGUUUCUUACCGUGCCUUUAAGGAUUCGUGGAUUGGCCGUCCACUCACCAAUCCAGACGCCGUCGUAGAUGACAACGUCGUCUACGUGAGCUGGAACGGUGCUACUGAGAUAGCCGCCUGGCAGCUCGAGGUGUGGGAUGGACACGAUCUGGACAAUAUGACCUUCAACGCGGCUGUGCAAGUCGAUAAGGAUGGCUUUGAGACAGAGAUAGAGAUCCCCGAAGAUCUGGACAGUGGCAUACUUCGGGUAGCCGCAUUGGAUGCCCAUGGUACGGUUCUGGGAAGGUCCACUUCGCUCCAGCGGUCGCUGGGACUGGAUAGAUUCCUCAACUUACAAUCCUGUGCGCUGGGAAUAGCCUUCCUAAUGGCUGGAAGCGGGCUGCUGCUCGGGCUAUAUCGUUAUUGUUAUUGUCGCUUGUGGCGACGGCGGUCGAGUGACUAUCAACUGGUAGAUAUGAGUGAGAAUGAAGGAGAUCGAUCGGUUUAG